AUUACAGCUAAUCAAUAAUCAUGAUAAAUUGCAAAAUAAUAAAAAAAAUAUUAUUUACUACUUUAUCAUUUUUUGUUAAUAAUAAUUAUUAAUUGUAAUUUGUAGUUAAUUGUACGAUGUGUUAACUGUUAAGUGAUUAGUUCUUAGUGAUGUGUGUUGGUUUCAAAAUAUGUUUUCGUGUACCUGUCGUACCUGACGAGUAUAUAAUAUUCUCUGAAUUCUGAAAUAAUUUAAUGAACUAGUUGAGAAAACAAUAGUUGAAGGAGGUCCUUAAUUAUCAAUAUUAAAUAAAAAAUAGCUCAAAAUAUCUUUCAUUCUAUGAAGAAUUUGCUUAAAAUUAAACAAUUGUUAUUGGUUUCUGUGUAAAUUGGUGUGAUUUAAAAAUCGUGAAAUACUUAACAGUUGUGGUACCUAGGUACCUACCUAAAGAGUUUUCAUAGCUAAGGUUAAGCAAAAAUGGAACUGAUAAACCACAACAGCUGUUUCUCGUCCGUUCUCGCAUGUGUGUUUUUAACUAUUUGUUAUGUUGGAAGCUUAUAUGUGUGGAGAUCCAAAGAAAGCAGAGACCACCCAAGUACUAUAAAGAAAAGAUGCUUCAGUGUCUUUGUAAUGAUGUUGCUUGCACCAAUUUUCACACAAUACUUCCUUAGCGAUCCAUCUGACAUUUAUGAGAAGAUGGGCUUAAGGGAGACUGCUCUCUUUAAAGCACUACUACUGCCAUUGCUCUUGACUGCCACAUUAUUUCUUGGACCUUUAACCAUGCAGUUUUUUUCUGGAGGCUGGUGGAUUUAUCUUGAACCAAUGUUUUGGAUAUCCUGCUGGCAAGAUUUAGUGUGGGUGAGAAAUCAUAUAAUGGCACCACUUAGUGAGGAAUGGGUGUUCAGGGCAUGUAUGAUGCCAAUUCUUCUACAGUGUCUGUCGCCUAUGACUGCAGUUUUUGUUGGGCCUAUUCUCUUUGGAAUUGCUCACUUUCAUCAUAUGUUAGAACAGAUAAAAGGAGGCUGUGAAGUAAAAACUGCUCUGAUUAUUUCGAGUUUCCAAUUUACCUAUACAACCAUAUUUGGCGCAUACUCAUCAUAUUUGUUUGUUAGAACUGGUCAUUUCCUCGCUCCAUUGACAGCGCAUAUUUUCUGCAACCACAUGGGAUUCCCUAACUUUACAAGCAUAGUAUCAUUUGCACGGACGCAAAGAAUAGUUAUUAUUUGUAAUUAUGUCAUUGGUCUAUGUUUAUGGUGCUAUUUAUUGAAACCGUUGACGAGUCCUGACCUCUAUGGCUUGACCACACUUUCUGUGACUUGAAAUGUAAAAGAUUAAGGAAGGGAUGUAACUUUUAAAAGUGUUGUCUUAAUCAGUUCGUUUGACGGAUUUAAUUGCUAACCUAAGUUCCUCUGGAAUGCUUUAAUUUUUCAUAAAAAUAGUGUGCGUUAUACUGAUUUUGUAAAUUUUUCGUUACAAAGGUGUGAUUAUUCUGUAUAAUUUUUCGUCUUUAGAAUUUCCAGGAUACAGAUACUUCUUAUAUGCGAAUUCUUCUUCAUUUAAUCAUCGACCGUAUUCUUCCUUAUGUUACUGUGAGUAACUUUUCUUGUAAAUUGUAGGUAAUCACAUUUUAAACGGGAUAUUUUAAAGAUGGCGCUUGCAUAACUUUAUAUAUUGAGUAGCUUAGCAUAUUAACUGCUUUUUAUAAAUAUUUACCCUUAAAACAGAAGAAGUACUUCUGUGGUCAAAACAUUAAUCGAAACAGUGGUAGAAAUACAAUCGGCGAUGCUUAAAUUCGAUCAUAUAAGAAAAACACUAAGUACAUUCGUAUGCUAAAAGCUUUAUAUACACUCAGCAUGUAUAAAUGCUGUGUAAGCAUUUAUAUUCUUCUAGUACCUAGGUAUUAAUAAGUCUAAGUUUUGUCUUCACUUAGCUGUAAAAGAAAUCCAUCUUCGAUACGCCAGUUUUUUUUGCAGCCAUCUCUGCUUGAACUGACGCAUCGAACUUUCGGCUGGUCAGAUUAGGCCAUUUGCCAUCGAUCUGUACCUAACUAAAGACAAAUUAGCUGAGAUCAGUUCAAUAAAGCGUACUUAGACUUCUCAGACUUUAAGUACGUUAAACUUGCUGAGUGUGAUAAAACGCGAACAUGACUUUUGCAUUGGGCUGUCUUUGCAUAAGGCGACACUAAAUGCCGGCGACCUUGAGCGAUAUGAGUUCACGGCUGCCGGCCCGCCAUCUAUGUUACAAAGCCAAUAUUUUCAAAAUUCUUGCAUGGAAAACAGUUUAUAUGCUUACAAUCCUCGUUAUUCACUACCAAUCUGAAUAAAUGAACCUACACAAAAAAGAACAAGCUAUAAGAAUAACUUUUCUGAAAGAAGUACCAAAAAAAUGCGUCACGCCAUGCCGAAAAACUUGUUUAACUUCAAAGAAAUGUGGUAGUUCAAAAAGGCUCGGCAGUGUUAACUAUACUCAACACAAGCAUUAGCAACCUACAAAUAAGACUUAAGGAUAUGUGUAACAGGAUUAAGUAGUGUUCAUAGCUCCAAAUGCUAUACUUUCACCACAAAACUUGUCUAAAAACACCAUGUUUGCGUGUUUUCUGCUUACUCUUCGCCUUAAGCUCAGCGUAAUUUCAGCUAUCAAAUUACUAUAAAACGAAAUCAAAGAUUAUGCUAAGGUUACAAUUAGCUAAGUUGUACGUUAGUAAAUUAUUCUGACCAAGUCUAAGCACGCUCUAUUUAGUUUCAAAUUACCCAUGUUCUGUACGUGGGCAAUACUAGGCCGGUCUCACUCCCCGUGUAGGUAUCGAAAUCGUUAGUACGUGUAGCGACCUCUGCACAGUAGGCCAGCCAGUAGGGACUCACGAGCGAGCAGGGACGCACGGGCGAGCUUUUUUGUCACCUACUUCACCUAUACCUACGACUGAUAUUUUAAGAAUGGAGAAACAAAGCUAGCAAGCAAAACUUAAAGGUCAUUAAGAUCCGAAUUUUUUUUCUAAGCGUCCUAAAUAAAUACGCUGAAACAAUCUAAUAUAAAGUGAUUAUUAUUAUAAUGAAAUUACCACUCAUGAUAGGUACCUAUUUAUUUCCAAUAUAAUAACCCCAUAUUCAUAAUGGUCCGCUAACUUUAAACAGCCGCUAAGGAGUGUUUUUUCUCAUUCUGACUUAGGUCAAUAGAAGAAGACAGAGUGAGAAUUAGCAAUGCUUUAAGUUAGCAGACUAUUAUGAAUAAGGGGGUAAGUAGAUUUUAAUAUGUUAUGGUGUUCCAGCGCAUACAUUACUAUCUGCAACUAAUGUAGGAUUGACAACGAAAGAAUAUUGAUUUUAUAUCACGAUUACAUACCUAUUUAUAUAAUAGAAAAAACUGGGCUAUUUUUGUAAGAAGACCUUAUACUAGAUAAAUACAGUUUUAGGUAAAGAAGUCAACCCUAAUGUCGUCAGAAGAGUUAAGAAUCACGCGAUAGAAAGAGAGGCAACUUCUAGUUGAAUAAAAAUGUAGAUUGGUAGCGCUGUGCGAUCUGAAUUACACCUUAUUGUAUGACCGCAAGUUUCCCUAUUUCUUUGAUUUCGGAGUGAGACUUCUGUACUUGUACUGUUAUAUAUUCUUUGGCAAUACUGACAGUUUCGGGGCUGCCCAUUUGUAAACCAAUAAUAAAUAAAAUAAGGAAACGGAAAAACAAGUUGCCGCGUCUGUACAGCACAAUUAAAUAUUCAAUUUCUUUUGGUUUUGCUAUGCUUAAAGGCGAACGUAUUAAUAAUGUACUUAACUUAUUUAUAAUUUCUAUUAUCAAGAUCGUCUCAUCAUUGCUUCUGUCGACUCAAAUUAUGUAUGUUAUCGUAGUGUGUUAUUACUUUUAUUACCUCAACGUGUAACUUAGUAUUGGUAAAAAAAAAGUGUGUGUGUACUUAUGUAUGCACGCAAGAAUAUUGGCCUAACGAAGCAAAAAUCAUUAAAAUGAUUUAUUCCUCGUGCUAUUCUACUUUUUUAGAAAGAACAAUUUUGUAAAAAUCUUGCAAAGAUGGCUUUGACAAUUAAUUAUUAAAUAAUGAAUACGGCUGUAUGGGCUUGAACCCUUUGCCUGUCCUAAUAAUGAAAGUAGAAACCAAAAAAAAAAGCUCUCAGCUGUCCCCCCUGCCUGUCUAGCCAUAUUUGGGCUUAAUAGAAUUGUCAUGAGACGCACAACCAUAAAAACAUACAAUUCUGAAGAAACAUAAGUAAGAUUCAGGACGUAUUUCCUACGUGUGUAUUAAGUUUAAUUGUUAGUGUGUUGUGCUAUAUUGUUUGCGGGUUAUAAUUGUAAUUUAGAUGUCUAGUUACAAUUAAAAAAAGAUUGUUCCAGGUGUUAAGCAGCCAGAUGAUAUGCAUUUGAAAACAUUUUUUGUGAUAAAAAUGUUUUUAAAUUUAUUCCCAUAUUUAUUUAUUAUAAGGAAUAAGGGAAUUCCCUACUGGCUACAUUAAUUUAAUAUUUUGAAUUAUGAGCUAAAUAUUUUAAAACGUGCCAAUUCUUUCCCCCACAGUUUAUACGACUAAUCUCUAGAAUAAGUAUAUCUAUAAGGGUGUAGAUACUAUUAGGUGCCAUAAAAUAAGUUAGACGGUGAUAUGUAAUAUACUAAUAGAACUAAUAAACGCUUACAAACUAAUAAAUACUAACCCCCUUAUUCAUAAUGGUCCGCUAACUUAAAACAGCCGCUAAGGAGUGUUUUUUCUCAUUCUGACUUAGGUCAAUAGAAGAAGACAGAGUGAGAAUUAGCAAUGCUUUAAGUUAGCAGACUAUUAUGAAUAAGGGGGUAAGUACCUAUAUGUACAUAAGAAACUGUAUGACAGGGAUUCAAAUGUUGUACGGGGAGACCUAGUCAAUUAUUGUUGUUUUGUACCUAUUGAUUAAGAUCAACAUUAGUUCUAAAUUAAGUUUUUUAUUUAUUCAACAAAAUAUGUUGUCAAAAAAAUAUAUUUAAUUAAAUAUACAUUUAUUAAUAUUGAGCAUAUCUACGAUAAUUUAUACGUCUAAAUAGAGCCUCUUGCUAAAGCAAAAGCUGAAACAAGCCUGGUAUAUUACUUUAGUGUGCGUGACGAGCUAGGUCUUCCACUCGCGAUUUGCAUGUCACCUUAUGUUAGUGUGCGUGCAUUGCUCAAAAUAGCGUUUAACUGUCUACCUCAAUGAUUUUCGACGUUUUCAGAAGUGUCACAGUCUAUCUAGAUGUAUAAAUGAUCUAAGGAGCAUAUAAUGCAAAUAACCGAAUAAAUUUUACCAGCAGCACACAUACUAAAAAGAAUGGCGUAAUAUAACGUUAAUAACUGUCCAAACCUUCAUUUAUGUAUCAUGUGUUCUGCUUUUUUAAUCGAGUCAAUCCUAAUUAUUGUUUCAUAGUAUAAUAAUUAAGACUUGUUUCAUUGUCCCCUUAUAUUAGUAACCUAAUAUGUACUAAUUGGUUUUCCAAAAUAUCUAUUUUAUAGUAAUAAUAAUUAACUACAAUGUAUCAGUAUAAAUAAACAAUAUAUGUGUUUUAAUAUC